AUGACUAGUCUCUAUGAGUACACGUCGCGCUUCAUUCCGGAGCUGGCUCUCCUAGGCUACACAGAUGUAGCAGCUCGCCUAAUAGGCAGACUCAACAACUAUGACUUCUAUCAAGACAGGCUUGCAAGCCUUCGGCACCUUUGGUUCCUCUGGGAUCUGCGUGCGAGGGAAGAUGGUGUGCCAUGGCCUGAGGGAGAAGAAGAUAAGGUGCGUCGGGCUGUGAGGGACAGACGAGCCAAGGCGAUCGGCGGCGAACCGCCACCGGGAGGUGGCGGAACAAUAACACCAGACGAUGUACAGGAAGAGCUGCAGCUUAUGGAGAAAGAGUUGGCGUCGAAAUGGUACAAGCCCACUGUGAUGCCGGGGUCAGGACCUGGAGAAGCACUCCACGUCCAUGAGCUUGAUCGUUCACCCACUACUUCUCAAAUGCUUGAUAGUGCGACAGAUGCCAUCCAUAGUUUGGAGACUGCAAAUCCGGCACCUACGAUCCGAGACGUGAGAAGCGGGCUGGUGCGCAUACUGGACCUGGUCUCAUCGGUUGAAGCAUACCAUGAACAGCCUGGCAUGGGCGAAACACUACGCAAGUUGGGCACCCCGACAUCCCAUGAGUUGCUACAUUGGCUAGCGCAUAGCUUUGGAGAACGGUCAUAUGAGACUCAGCCGGCGAUUGAGUCCAGGCAGGCAUGGAAGUUGUACAAAAGCGGAGCGCUAAGACAGCAACUCAACAUCGCUGAAGCAGGGCUCGCAGCCUUCGCAAGGGACUUCGAGAACGCUUUGACCGAGCGACUCACGAACGGUCGAACUAGAACGAGAGCCGAUAUUUCCAUACAAGAACUCUUGGAAGCAGCAGAAUACAACACGAAAUACAACACCGAGGCCAGACAAGUGAACCCCGAGCCCCCCGAAACCUCCCUCUUUCACCCCCCAGCCACCGACUCGCACAUUGAAGAAGCCGAGACCCGUCUCGACACUACCUUGCCACCCGACUAUAAGACCUUCCUCCGCAUCAGCAACGGUUUCGGUUCUCCAUGGGGCCACCCGCUAGGCGACCUCCAAACGCCUCUGCAUCCCCUUAACAAACUACGCUGGCUCGACCCCGCAGAAGAAGACUGCUUCACCGACCUCACGCUCGACCUACCAACUCGAUGGGAUAAAUGGCCUUUCGCACCCCCUCCAACUAAGAAGGCCUAUGCUUGCAACGAAGUGACAGAGCAUUUCCUCAUCGGUCGCGCAUUGGAAAUCGGCACGCAGGAGAUUGACAAUACGUGGCUUCUCCCACUUUCUACUAUCGUGCCGAUAAAACAGGCUGUGAAGAAGAUGCUGGAUGAUGAGACACUGGGUGAACGCGAAAAGAACAGUGUAAGAGUUGCGAUAAAGGAUUUCGCGGGUAGUGAACGGGAGUGGGAGCAGAUGGAGUGGGCGUGUGUUACGUGGGCUAGUGGAGGGGUGGCGGCUAUGUAUGUUUAUCCGGGGUUUAGGGCGUGGCUUGAGGAUGUUGUUGAGAAGGGGAGGGUUGGGUUGGAGGGUGAGGAGGAGGAAGAGCAAGAGCAUAUGUUGAGGCGUGGCAUGUGGCUGGGGAAAGUGUUUGAGAAUAAGAAAAGCGGGGAUAAGUCAGACGCGGAGGAGUUGCCGGGGUGGUUGAAAGACGCGAUUAGAGCGGCGAUGCCAACAAGGAGAUGA